AUGGAGAGCGGCGACCGGGACAUGUACCGCCAGUUCCAGGACUGGUGCCUCCGGACUUACGGGGACUCGGGCAAAACCAAGACGGUGACCCGCAAGAAAUACGAGCGGAUUGUCCAGCUCCUCAACGGCUCCGAGACCAGCUCCACGGAUAAUGCCAAAUUUAAAUUCUGGGUCAAAUCCAAAGGCUUCCAGCUCGGCAGUCCGGACGAGGUCGGCGGCGGUGCUGCUGCUGCUGGCGGCGGCGGAGGAGGAGGGAAGCAGGUCCUCUACGUGCCGGUCAAGACCACGGAUGGAGUUGGUGUAGAUGAGAAGUUGUCUUUAAGACGGGUAGCUGUUGUUGAAGAUUUCUUUGAUAUUAUCUAUUCCAUGCAUGUGGAAACGGGGCCAAAUGGAGAACAAAUCAGAAAACACGCUGGACAAAAAAGAACAUACAAAGCUAUUUCUGAGACCUAUGCCUUUCUACCAAGAGAAGCGGUGACACGAUUUCUAAUGAGCUGCUCAGAGUGCCAGAAAAGAAUGCAUUUAAACCCAGAUGGAGCAGAUCAUAAAGAUAAUGGAAAGCCCCCAACAUUGGUGACUAGCAUGAUUGAUUACAAUAUGCCAAUCACAAUGGCCUACAUGAAGCAUAUGAAGCUGCAGCUACUAAAUUCCCAACAAGAUGAGGAUGAAAGCUCUAUAGAAAGUGAUGAAUUUGAUCUGAGUGACUCAACCAGGAUGUCUGCAGUAAACUCUGACCUUAGUUCAAAUCUUGAAGAAAGAAUUCAAAGUCCACAGACUCUCCAAGGCCAGCAAGAUGAUGAUUCAGCUGCAGAGAGUUUUAAUGGAAAUGAGACUGCAGGACACAGUUCGAAUGCUUCAGGGGGAACACACUGCAGAGAAAUGGCAGAAACCAACAGUAAUGGCAAAACUGCUCUGGAACUGGAUGAACAGCCUCUGAACCUGAGUGACAGCCCCUUCUCUGCUCAGCUGACUUCAGAAUACAGGUUAGAUGACCAAAGCAGUGAUGGAAAGAACAAGUACAAGAACCUCCUAGUAUCUGAUCUUAAGAUGGAACAAGAGGCAAAAGAAAAUGGAAGCAAGUCACCUGCCCACAGCUAUUCAAGCUAUGAUUCUGGCAAAAAUGAAAGUAUGGACCGAGGUGCUGAAGACCUCUCCCUCAACCGGGGAGAGGAGGAUGAGGAUGACCAUGAUGAACAUGAAGAUGCUGAAAAGUCUACUGAGUCCGAUGGGGUGGAAGCUGAGCGGCUGAAAGCUUUUAAUAUGUUUGUCAGGCUGUUUGUAGAUGAAAACUUGGACCGAAUGGUCCCUAUCUCUAAGCAGCCCAAAGAAAAGAUCCAGGCUAUCAUUGAUUCAUGCAGGCGACAGUUCCCUGAGUAUCAAGAGCGUGCCAGAAAGCGUAUACGUACUUACCUCAAGUCCUGCAGGCGGAUGAAAAGGAGUGGUUUUGAGAUGUCACGACCCAUUCCGUCACACCUUACUUCAGCAGUGGCGGAAAGUAUCCUUGCAUCAGCCUGUGAAAGUGAAAGCAGAAAUGCAGCAAAAAGGAUGCGACUGGAUCGACAGCAGGAUGAAACUGCUCCAACUGACAAACCAUACAAACAGGAACCAACCCAGGUCACUUAUUCAACAUCAGCUGUUUCCAGCACACAGGAGGUGUUGUACAUAAAUGGAAAUGGGACCUACAGUUACCAUAGUUACAGAGGGUUAGGAGGAGGUUUGCUAAAUCUCAGUGAUGCUUCUAGCAGUGGUCCAACGGAUCUCAGUAUGAAAAGGCAGUUAGCAACAACUUCUGGAUCUUCCAGUAGUACCAGCUCCAGACCUCAGCUGAGCCCAACGGAAAUCAAUGCAGUACGGCAACUCGUUGCAGGAUACCGAGAAUCAGCUGCAUUUUUACUGCGUUCUGCAGAUGAACUAGAAAACCUUAUUUUGCAGCAGAACUGAGACACACAGCCAUCCUGCUGACCUAGGUUUACCACAGAAUUUCCACUAAUGGCAUUUUGAAUUCCCAGAGCAGAACUUU